CCUUUGCUCGCUCACACAGCAUUUGCACUUGAACGCAGCACGCCGGGCUCCGUCUGCAAGUUGACAAAAGACAGCGGGAAAUAAGGACUCGUCUUUGGAUCCAUGUGGCAUCUCCAUGCGAGCCAUCCUUCUUGCGGUUCAUGGGGGGUCUCCUAAUGAGUCACCCUCUGCUGUCUUUUAAAGACCUUCUUUCCUCCCCCCCCCAGGGAAAUGUGCAGCUUGCCGUUAAUUGAGUAAAAAAGGUCCAAGGCGUCAAGUGCAGGUGGCUCCCCCUUUUCCAGGGGAGGUUGUUGUUUUUUUUUAAACACUGCAGAGAAGCUUCUGGAUCUUCGUCCAAGUCCACAAUGCUGAGACUGGAGACUCUCCUUUGCACUUUUUCCGCGCUGUGUUUUGCAGCCAAAGCGGAGCUGAAAGCGCGGAAUUGCAGCGAGGUGCGGGAGGCUUUUGCAGCCAAGGGCUUCAGCUUCUCGCAUGUUCCUCUCCAGGAGAUCCCAGGUGAACACCUUCGAGUGUGUCCACAGGGGAACACGUGUUGCACCCCAGAAAUUGAAGACGCUUUCGGGCAGCGGAGUAAACAAGAGUUUGGCAAUCUGGUUGAUGAGAUAAGUCAUAACUUGAGAAGCAUCUUUGUCUCCAGGCAUCAGAAGUUUGAUGAAUUCUUCCUGGAGCUGCUGGAGAACACCGAGAGGUCCUUGAAUGAGAUGUUCGUACGGACUUACGGCAAGCCUUACAUGCAGAAUGCUGAGGUGUUCGAGAACCUUUUCGCCGAGCUGAAACGCUAUUACACGGGAGGGAACGUCAACCUGGAGGAAAUGCUCAACGACUUUUGGUCUCGAUUGCUGGAGCGCAUGUUCACGUUGCUCAACUCGCAGUACGUCAUCACUGAGGACUACUUGGAGUGUAUCAGCAAGUACACUGACCAGCUCAAACCCUUUGGAGAUGUGCCCCGGAAGCUGAAGGCGCAGGUCACACGGGCGUUUGUCGCCGCUCGUACUUUCGUCCAAGGACUCUCUGUUGGCCGGGAGGUGGCUCAAAGAGUUUCCAAGGUAAGCAGCACUCCAGCAUGCAUGCGAGCGCUGACAAAGAUGUCGUACUGCCCCUUCUGUCAAGGCAUGCCCGCCAUUAAGCCCUGCAAGAACUACUGCCUCAACGUGAUGAAGGGCUGCCUGGCCAAUCAAGCUGAUCUGGACACGGAGUGGAACCAUUACAUCGAUGCCAUGCUGCUGGUGGCUCAGAGGCUGGAGGGUCCUUUCAAUAUUGAAUCCGUCAUGGAGCCCAUUGAUGUGAAGAUCUCAGAGGCCAUCAUGAAUAUGCAAGAUAACAGUGCCCAGGUCUCCUACAAGGUUUUUCAAGGUUGUGGCCAGCCAAAACCCUCAGGAAUGAGUAGGUCUACCCGUGGCGUUCCGGAUGUGUUCAACGCCCGCUUCAGGCCGUACAAUCCAGACGAGCGUCCCACCACGGCAGCUGGCACAAGCCUAGACAGACUGAGGAUUAUUUGGAACACGAUGCAACACAGCGUUGUUGACAUAAAAGGUAAACUGAAGCAAUCAAAGAGAUUCUGGUCCAGUCUUCCUGAGGAGAUGUGUGUGGAGACCAGACUGACUGCCGGGAAUACCACUGAUGGCCACUGCUGGAACGGACACACAAAGGGGAGGUAUUUCCCUGAAGUGGUAACAGAUGGACUGACCAACCAGGUGAACAACCCGGAGGUGAACGUCGACAUCACUCGUCCGGACACGUUCAUCCGUCAGCAGAUCAUGGCGCUUCGGGUGAUGACCAACAAGCUGAAGAACGCCUACAACGGCAAUGACAUCUAUUUUCAGGACACAAGCGACGAGGGCAGCGGUUCAGGCAGCGGGAGUGGCUGCACGGAGGCCUGCCCCACAGACGCCGAUGUUGCCGCUUCCGAAGCCACUCUCGUGGAAGCGGACCGGAGCGAGCCUGUAGGCGGAGCUUCAUCGACCCGCAUGCCCCCUCCAGGCCUCCUUUUGACUGCGUUGGUCCUGUCAGUCUCGGCACUCCACAUGCGCUGGAGAUAAUGCUGGGGGGGGAAACAGGUUGGGACUUCCCAGACAUCCAGACAUUGAUAUUCCCAUUUUCCCAAAGAAUGCACAGUACCAUUCAUAUAGACUUUUACAGCAUCAUUCCUCUGUCCAAUGAUGAUGCUGAUCCCAUAAACUCUGCUGCAGAGAUUAAAACUAUUUUAUAUUAAAAAAAUAAUAAUAAAAUACAACAGACAGUAAUGUCUGUCGUAUUCCAUGUGGACAAAUCUAGCACGCACUUUCAUUAUUUUCUAUAUUUGUGUUAAGGAAAAAAAAUAACUGCGUGUGUGUCAAAGCAUUUCAAAUGUGAUUAUUAUUAUUACAACUAAAGGUGGCACCUCAUGAUAUUUAGAUUUUACAUUUUGAAAUGCAAUGAAUGGAUUUUUUUUUUAAUGACAGGAGCACAAAACUCAGUACACUCUUCAUAUUUCAGCAACCAUUUAUAUUGCAGACCCACACUAUCCAAGCUAUGUAUGACAGUAUUUACUAUCCACUGAAAAUGACUCAACACGUAUGAAUAGCUAAUCGAUAAACAGAAGAAUUCACGUACUCUGACACUAAGCAGAACAUGACCACCUCCCUCGGAAAACUGAGUUUUCCGACAUCAUAAGAAGUAAAAACCAACCUCCAAGAUGGCGUGUUUUACUGAGAAAACUGACAAGUGAUGGUGUUCAGACUUUUCCAACCUGAAGACAGUUGAGUGCCAUCGACUCAGGGUUUUAAUAUAGUUUCAUCUGAUUCCUUGGGUAAAUAUUGGAAUGUUUUUUGUAUGAAAAUAGGCUAUUUAAUGGUAAUGGUAAUUGUUUUGUUUCAUUUGAACAUGCAUCAGAUUACAAUUGAAUGCAUCACAUAAUCAGUUCACAGUUCCACAAGUCCGAAAGGAGUAGGAAGAAGCAAAGCUUAUUAAAUCAUACCCCUCCAUCUGGUACUUUUACAAUCAGUAACUGUUAUAUUUGUUCACUUCCUGCUUUCCUAAUAUAGUUUAAGUUUUUUUUUUUUUGGGGGGGGGGUUGUCCCGUACCGAAGUAGGACGUGAUAUGAGCAUCCAUGACAUAAUGGGUACCAUCGUAAAUGUCAAUAUAGUGAUAUGUAUAGCACAUUAUGACUCUUCCUUCCAGAUUCCUCCGAAUCGAUUAAUCAUUAUACAGAAUUAAUUAUUCUAAGACAUUCCCUACUACUUGCUGUAUGCUAAACAAUGACACUACAGAUACACUUUGGGCAUGCCCACUGUGCGGUGUACUCACCUGUGUUGCCAUUUUUUUUUUUUUAGACAACAAUGUUUGCGUGUUGACUUAUUUUCAGAGAACAGUAAAUGGAACUGUGAUGCAUGCUUGCAUUGUGCAAAACUCUGACUGAAUAAUCACAAUGAAGUGCACUAUUUGGUUUCAAGCACUUUUUUUGAUUCAGUCUCAACUAACUUCCUGUCUUAAGAAGUCCAACGUAAAACCCCUCUCAUCUCAAUUUAAAUAUUCAUUCUUCCAUCCAAUUAAAGAUGUUAAACAAGUAAUCAAUGAUUGGGUUUGAUGGGUAAGUUUUGCACCCCCACAGUAUGCCACUAGCUGCUUUUACACAGCCCGGAAAAUCUAUCUUUCUGUGUCAAAGACAAGGGACUGAUGUACAAUGUUCCUGCUUCACAGUUGGUAUCAGUGUCGAAAAAUAGGUGGAAAAGGGAACCCUCGGAAUUCCAGGACCAAGAUAUGAAUUUUAAACCGUCAAUCACGCAAUUUUCACUGCCUGGAAAAUGUCCGUAUGUCACACCAGACGCAGACGAAAUACCGCAUACGAAUGUCUGAAUGUGCACAGAAAGUUUCGGAAAUGUAGUUGUAUCCCCGUUUUUUCGUUAUUAAUUCCAAGGUCGUUUUAAAAUUUAAAAAUGACAAAUGUGGAUGUGGAUGGAAUGUAUUGUUGAUGCAAACUUUCUCAAAUUCAAAUCAAAUGCAAUAAUGUUUCUCACCUUCAAAUUGAUGGUACUCGCAACUUUCUUUUGGCCCCAUGGCAGGUUAUUUAGCAUGCAUGGAUGGAAGGUGAGUCAGCAACGUGUUUGUUUUAGCAGGAAAAUACAAUACAGUACAGUGUAAACACGGACUCGUUUGUCAUAUUCAAUAUUGCAUGAAAACUGGGGCAAAAUUUUGGUGAAUAUUUUUGCUGAAAACCAAAUCAUACUAAAAUUGUAGCGUAUGAAAACCGAGGUUUGACUGUAUUUCACUUUGUUGUGUAUAAAAGCCACAAGUGGAUGAAUGCUAAUGUUCUGUUAUGGCUUGAAAGCAGUGUAACAGAGGCUAGUGCAGGGGUGGGCAAACUACGGCCCGAGGGCCACAUCUGGCCCGCCAUGUGUUUGAAUACGGCCCGCCCGUUCUUUCCAAAGUAUUUCAUUUAAACUCAACAUACUGAUAAUGAUAAUACGGCUGCACAGCGGUUGAGUGGUUAGCGUGCGGACCUCACAGCUAGGAGACCGGUGUUCAAUUCCACCCUCAGCCAUCUCUGUGUGGAGUUUGCAUGCGUGGGUUUUCUCCGGGUACUCCGGUUUCAUGCUAGGUUAAUUGGCGACUCCAAAUUGUCCAUAGGUAUGAAUGUGAGUGUGAAUGGUUGUUUGUCUAUAUGUGCCCUGUGAUUGGCUGGCCACCAGUCCAGGGUGUACCCCGCCUCAAAGACAGCUGGGAUAGGCUCCAGCACCCCCGCAACCCUCGUGAGGAUAAGCAGGAGAAAAUGAAUGAAUAAUAAUAAUAAUAAUAAUAAAUAUGUAAAACUUUUAAAUAUAAAUAUAAAAAAUAUUUUUACAACAGUCAAUGAGUAUUGAUUGUACAUUUUUGGAAGUAUUGUUUCCAGUACCGUAUCAUUGACAUUCCCAGGAAGGUUCCCCCAAAAUGGCAUACCCCGAAAUGUUUGAAAAGCACAAAAAAAGUACUUUAUAGAUGUCUUUGUGCAGUUUCUAUAGAAGUAGUGGCACAAUAAUGCAGAAUGUGAGGGGAUUAUUAAGAGAGGAAGCGUCCAAAUGCAAAGAAAAGGGUCUUGUCUGUGAAGCCUGAAUGCUCGUGUGUGUGUGCAGCGCAGGCGGGCAGGAAGCCGACCACAGUCACCUGUGAAAUGAGAAUCCGUGGAGAGUGGAGAGCGGACAGGCCUGAAUGCAUCUUGUCAGCAGAGCGUACCGGUGCUGCCUGCUGAGGGUUGGGUGGUGUGUUUGUGGACAAAACCAGCCUGUGUGUGCACAUCAUUCCGUUCCGAGAGCUGGCAACUAGGCUUGUCUUCAUUUCAUAAUUUCAUACACAUAUACAGUGCAAAUAUAUAUAAUUUCUAAUGAUCUCACAGAGAAUGCUUUUUAUGUUUUGUAUUAUUCCAACCUUUAAUGGUUAAUAUUUUUGCAAUAAAAUGUUGGAAAAAGCAACGUGAACUGAAAAACCACAGCAAGAAAAUGCUUUUUUUUCUUUUUUUUUUACAUCAGUGCAUUGUUGUUGUUGUACGAUGUUACAUUCAAAUGAACAACCAGAUAAGCAAAUAUGCCUUACUAGUUAAUGCAAUCA